AUGUUUUCCGUUCUCAUAAAGGUAGGUUUCAAUGGAGGGACUCCCAUCACUGAGGAAUUCUUCAUCGAAAAUAUUAGUUGUAAGCAUAAUGAAGAUCUAGGCCACAUCCUCCUUCCUGAUUGGGAAAUCCAAAGAUCCCGCAAUUUUUUGGAAGAGAAAGAAGCUUUGUUUCGAAAACUGGCGUCAGAAGAAUUACAGCCUGUGAAGGGCUUGCAAAAGUUGUUAAAAUGGAUAGAGGAUUGCGGUUUGAGAAGAGCUGCUGUUACUAAUGCUCCAAGAUCAAAUGCUGAGCUUUUAAUAUCAACGUUAGGUCUGUCAGAUUUCUUCGAAAUUCUUGUUAUCGGGAGUGAAUGUGACCGAGAUUCUGUUUCAGGGAUAAAAGCAGGGAUGGGAGCUGGGAUGCCAGUGGUGGGGUUAGGUACGAGGAAUCCUGAACAGUUAUUGACAGAAGCUGGAGCUGCUUUGUUCUUCAGGAUUUUGAUGACCCUAAGUUGUGGACAGAAUAGGAAGAGCUGA